GCACUGUUCUUGAACUUGCACAACUUGACUUGAUCGCGACGUACGACGAUCAGUCACGAUUUAUCAACGGAGAGAGAUACGAGUGCGCCGAACCGUGAGAAGAAUCGAAGACCAUUCAGUCGAUCGAUCAUCGUGUCGUAAUAUUGUAACGCAAGUGUCAGAUUCGAAAUUAUUGUAUAAGUGAUAAAAAAAAAAUAUGUAUCACGAGAUACGCAACUUUGUGCGACUCGCGGUAAUUUUUUCUACCAAUUUUAAAGAAUGCGCGAACGUUCCUAAAUAUUUAUGGCUUCGUCGAAUAAAAAAGUACGAGCGUGAAAAUUAUUGAUCGAUAUAAUAUUGUAGCGAACAAGCCUUCGUGGAAAAGAGAAUUGAAACGACUGUGGAGGCACAAAGAGGAAUGUCGACGUCCCGACGACGAAGAGGCGGAUAGAGAUUUUACUUACUAACGAGAUUUCCUGCAUAACUCGCGAACGAAAAUGAGGCCAUUCGCAAUCGUUGCCGCCCUUCUAUCCUGGUUAACGAUCGUCGAUUGCGUUUCGACCGGAGGAUUCUGCCUUCCGGAAACUGGGGACGACUUCCAGCGCGCACACGUCGGCCUGAUUAUCUCGCCCAUAAUGUCCAUGAAAAUGAUACGGGAGAUCGAGAUUUAUUGGAACCACGUCAAGUAUCGACCGGGCGACACGAUAGCUCUUUACGACAGCUAUCCGAGCGAACCCACGAACGACCUCGAGCCAAUUUAUACCCUGAUACCAAACGCGCCGAGUGGCAUCAAGAGGACCGGAGUGCAGGCGGCAUUCGUUCCCACCUCGAGUCUCACGUUCGUUCGACAAUGUCUACAGUACCAUGUCGCCUGGCUAAGAAACGGCACAAUAAAACAGACGAACUGUCUGCAAACAUACCCUCAUUGGAUGGCAGAGAGGAGGGACAUUCUAGGAUCACUGCCGAUGAGCAGGGUGUUCCUGCCAGGAACGCACGAUUCUGCAUCGUACGCGAUACAUGAACGAGCGAACUCUGAGAAUAUCGUCGAGAGAUUCGUAAUAACCCAGGAUGUGGACGUGCUCGCGCAAUUGAUCUACGGGGUUCGAUAUCUGGACAUCAGAGUGGGACAUUAUCCUAACACGAAUUCGAUAUGGUGGGCCAAUCAUGGAGUAUUCAAAUCUGUUCCUAUGCAAAACGUCGUGAACCAAGUGAAGUCCUUCCUCGACAACACGAAGGAAAUCGUGAUAUUCGACGUCCAGGAAUUUCCCGUUGGUUUCGGGAAAAAUCUGGGAGUGCAUCACGAUUUCGUCGGAUUUCUCGAGGAACAAUUUGCUGGAUAUUAUUUACCGAAGAGCUACGGAUGGACCAGCACACUAAAUACGAUUUGGUCAUCUGGGAAAAGACUUAUAAUCGGUUACGAUGAGAAACGAGUCGUCAAUCGCUAUGAGAGCGUGUGGCCCUGCGUAACACAUCAAUGGGGAAAUGUCAGAAAUAUCGAAGACUUGUUCAAUUAUCUGAAUCGUAUCGAAACGGAAAGUCUCGGACAUCCCAGAGCGAUUCCGAGAUCAGCGAUGGCCGAAUUGACGCCCAACACGUGGGACGUGAUUUUAAAUCGGCUCGGAAGCAUCCGUCAAAUGGCAGAGAAAGUUAAUAUCAAUGUUACAAAUUGGUAUAACAGUAAAUGGCAACAUACAGCAAAUAUCGUCGCCGUCGACUUCGUUCGAUCGUCCGGCAUCAUCGAAACUGCGAUUGAGUGGAACGAGAGACGAAAUACGAAUUGUUAAGAUUUCGGGUAAAAAUUAAAGAAAAAAAAAAGAAGAAACACUUACAAACCAAAGUUCGUUAAUACAAUUCAAAUAAUUAAUUCGUAGCAUGCUGAAUACAGCGAAAGAGAUUUUAUGCUAGUACUUAAUAAUUUAUUAUCUCGAUUCACCCAACGCAAUUCCUUUUGUGUAGUUAUGUAUUGUACGAAUAUAUAAUCAAUUUUAUACGCACAAAAGGUGGAUGUUUCACGCAAUCAGACAAUGUCUAAUUAAAAGAAUAUAUAAAUAUCUCGUAAAAUAUAUUUUAUAGAAAUAUAAUAUAUGUGAACGACAAUAAUGCUGUUGUCAUCAAA